AUGAGAACAAAAAUGCAAGAAAUGGAACAAAAAUUCAUGGCUGAAUUGCGUAAAAAAGAAGAUCGAUUGAAGCAAAUGUCCGCCAAAAAAACCGGCAGUUCCCAACAAAGAUUAAUGGUCAAGAGAAUCAAACAAAAGUCAAGAAAACAAGCACAUGACCCAGAUUUUGAAUACCAACCAAUGACAAAAGCCAAAGAAGAUACAAGGAACAAGACACAAACUGCUGCUGAUGUACCCAAACCAACAGAAGGUACCGAUGAAGAAAAAGAGAAGAAGAAUGAAAAGAAAAAACAAGAAAUCGAAAUGGAGACAGAACCUGCUAUUGAACCCGAGCAAAAAGAGGGUGCUCAUGAAGCAAAACAACAGCAGAAAGAAAAGAUGCAAGAAGAUAUUGGCCAAGAGAAAGAAGUUGCUGCUGAAACCAACUCAAAAGAGGAUGCCAAUCAAGAGAAGACAUAA